GAGAACAUCAUCUGCUUUGUGAAGAACGAGCUGAAGAAGAUCCACAAGGUUCUGGAUACAGAUCACACAGAAGUCUCAGAGAAUCAGAGGGAGGAUGAGGAGCAGAGGAGCAGCAGAGAGGCCUUUCUGAAGAUCACAGAGGACUUCUUAAAGAGGAUGAAGCAGGAGAAGCUAGCUGACAGUAAGAGGACUUUUAAUGUGAAAGGAAGAACAUCUUAUUUUCUCAAUGAUCCACUCACUGAUUUAUUUUCUUGUGUUCUGUCAGAAAUCAGAGCUUCAGCUUGUCGACGUGAACUCAAAUCAAACCUGAAGAAGAAGUUCCAGUGUUUGUUUGAGGGUGUGGCUAAAGCAGGAAACUCCACCCUUCUGAAUGAGAUCUUCACAGAGCUCUACAUCACAGAGGGAGGGACUGGAGAGGUCAAUGAAGAACAUGAGGUCAGACAGAUUGAAAGAGCUUCCUGGAAACCAGACAGACCAGAAACAUCCAUCAGACAAGAAGACAUCUUUAAAGCCUCAGCUGGAAGAGACGGACCAAUCAGAAGAGUGAUGACAAAGGGCGUGGCUGGCAUUGGGAAAACAGUGUUAACACAGAAGUUCACUCUGGACUGGGCUGAAGACAAAAGCAACCAGAACGUACAGCUCAUGUUUCCCUUCACCUUCAGAGAGCUGAAUGUGCUGAAAGAGAAGAAGUUCAGUUUGGUGGAACUCAUCCAUCACUUCUUCACUGAAACCAAAGAAGCAGGAAUCUGCAGGUUUGAAGACUUUAAGGUGGUCUUCAUCUUUGAUGGUCUGGACGAGUGUCGACUUCCUCUGGACUUCCACAACAGUGAGAUCCUGACUGACGUCACAGUGUCCACCUCAGUGGACGUGCUGCUGACAAACCUCAUCAGGGGGAAACUGCUUCCCUCUGCUCGCCUCUGGAUAACCACACGACCUGCAGCAGCCAAUCAGAUCCCUCCUGACUGUGUGGACAUGGUGACAGAGGUCAGAGGGUUCACGGACCCACAGAAGGAGGACUACUUCAGGAAGAGGUUCAGAGAUGAGGAGCAGGCCAGGAGGAUCAUCUCCCACAUCCAGACAUCACGAAGCCUCCACAUCAUGUGCCACAUCCCAGUCUUCUGCUGGAUCACUGCAACAGUUCUGGAGAACAUGUUGAAAACCAGAGAUGGAGGAGAACUGCCCAAGACCCUGACUGAGAUGUACAUCCACUUCCUGGUGGUUCAGUCCAAAGUGAAGAAGGUCAAAUAUGAUGGAGGAGCUGAGACAGAUCCACACUGGAGUCCAAAGAACAGGAAGAUGAUUAAGUCUCUGGGGAAACUGGCUUUUCAGCAGCUGCAGAAAGGAAACCUGAUCUUCUAUGAAUCAGACCUGACAGAGUGUGGCAUCGAUAUCACAGCAGCUUCAGUUUACUCAGGAGUCUUCACUCAGAUCUUUAAAGAGGAGAGAGGCCUGUACCAGGACAAGGUCUUCUGCUUUGUCCAUCUGAGUGUUCAGGAGUUUCUGGCUGCUCUUCAUGUUCAUCUGACCUUCAUCACCUCUGGAACAAAUCUGUUGUCAGAACCAACAACGAGCCAGUGGUCCAGACCAUUUAGAAAAAAACCUAAACUGAAUCAUCUGCACCAGAGUGCUGUGGACGAGGCCUUACUGAGUCCAAAUGGACACCUGGACUUGUCCCUCCGCUUCCUCCUGGGUCUUUCACUGGAGACCAAUCAGAAGCUCUUAAGAGGUCUACUGAAACAAACAGGAAGUGGUUCACAGACCAAUCAGGAAACAGUUGAGUACAUCAAGAAGAAGAUCAGUGAGAAUCUGUCAGCAGAGAGAAGCAUCAACCUGUUCCACUGUCUGAAUGAACUGAACCAUCGUUCUCUUGUGGAGGAGAUCCAAGAGUCCCUCACAUCAGGACGCCUGUCCACAAAGACACUGUCUCCUGCUCAGUGGUCAGCUCUGGUCUUCAUCUUACUGUCAUCAGGAAAAGAUCUGGAAGAGUUUGACCUGAUGAAAUACUCUGCUUCAGAGGAGGCUCUUCUGAAGCUGCUGCCGGUGGUCAAAGCCUCCAACAAAGCUCUACUGAGUGGCUGUAACCUCUCAGAGAGAAGCUGUGAAGCUUUGUCCUCAGUCCUCAGCUCUGUGUCCUCUCAUCUGAGACACAUGGACCUGAGUAACAACGACCUGCAGGAUCCAGGAGUGAAGCUGCUGUGUGAUGGACUGAAGAGUCCUCACUGUUCUCUGGAGACUCUCAGAAUGAGUGGCUGUAAACUCUCAGAGAGAAGCUGUGAAGCUCUGUCCUCAGUCCUCAGCUCUGUGUCCUCUUGUCUGAGACACGUGGACCUGAGUAACAACGACCUGCAGGAUCCAGGAGUGAAGCUGCUGUGUGAUGGACUGAAGAGUCCUCACUGUUCUCUGGAGACUCUCAGUCUGUCAGGUUGUCUGGUCUCAGAGGAAGGAUGUUCUUCUCUGACCUCAGCUCUGAACUCCAACCCCUCCCAUCUGAGAGAACUGGACCUGAGCUACAAUCAUCCAGGAGACUCAGGAGAGAAGCUGCUGUCUGCUGGACUGAAGAGUCCUCACUGGAGACUGGACACUCUCAGGAUGGACCAUGCUGGAGAGCAGUGGUUAAAACCUGGUCUCAGGAAGUAUUCAUGUGAACUGGAACUGGACACAAACACAAUGAACAGAGAACUCAAACUGUCUGACGACAACAGGAAAGUGACCAAUGUGACAGAAGAUCAGUCGUAUCCUGAUCAUCCAGACAGAUUUGAGUUCUGUCGUCAGCUGCUGUGUAGACCUGGUCUGACUGGUCGCUGUUACUGGGAGGUCGAGUGGAGAGGAGAUGUUUUUAUAUCACUGAGUUACAGAGGAAUCAAGAGGAAAGGCAUCAGUUCUGACUGUUUGUUUGGACGUAAUGAUCAGUCCUGGAGUCUGAUCUGCUCUGAUGAUCAUGGUUACUCUGUCCUUCACUGUGGGACACAAACAUUCAUCAUGUCCUCUGUCUCUCACAGAGUAUCAGUGUAUGUGGACUGUCCUGCUGGGACUCUGUCCUUCUACAGCGUCUCCUCUGACUCACUGAUCCACCUCCACACCUUCAGGACCACAUUCACUGAACCGGUUUAUCCUGGGUUCUGGGUCUGGCCUGGUUCCUCAGUGUCUCUGUGUCCUCUGUAGGACAUGAAGACACAGCAGCUUCAGUGGUGGACGAGGUCAAAGCUCGUCUCAGUCAUUCUUUGUUGAAACCAUCAAUAAAUAAAGACUUAAAAAUCAA